AUGGAGAUGCUUGGAUCGUUAAUGGAAUACCGGCUGAAAACGUUCGUAGACUGGCUAGAGCAGCUGCAGCUACUGCCUGGUUGGCAAGGCAAUUACACAAUCAAUUAUGUAUUGCAACACACCCCAUCAUCAUUAGUAAGUGUUCAAUUUUCUUGGGCAAACUUCGCGUAUCUCGUGCUGCUGAUCUUGAUUGGUUACGUACUGUACCUGUUCUACUAUCAAGCCAUUGUUUGGAAACGGGAUCUAACAGACAUCGGGUACAACCACAUCUUAGAUGCAAACCGCAUCAGACCGAGCAACCGUAAACGAGUAGAUAUCGUGAACCGAGCACGUCGAUUGCGCAAAAUCGGUGAUCGUCUACCGCCACCCUACCCGAAUGGAUGGUUUUCGAUUUUAGAAUCGGAGGAGUUGCGCCCAGGAGAAGCGAAAAGCAUUGAUUGCCUUGGGCAAAAUCUGGUCGCCUUUCGAACGCUGACGGGUGCGGUGUAUGUGCUGGAUGCGUACUGUCCGCAUCUUGGCGCCAACCUCGGCGUAGGAGGCAUCGUGCAGGAUGACUGCAUCGAGUGUCCGUUUCACCACUGGACAUUUAGUGGUCGGGAUGGCCAAUGCACUAACAUUCCGUACAGUCGCCUGGGCACAAUACCAAAGGUAGCCCGGUUGCGUAAGUGGCUGUCAAUUGAAGUGAACGGAUUCAUUUUCGUGUGGCACCAUACGGAUCCUACAGCCGAGCCGUGGACAAUUAAUGUCGUGAAUGAGAUAGAGGAUGGUAGCUGGGUGUACUAUGGCAAGAACGAGUUUCUGGUGAACUGUCACAUCCAAGAUGUGCCGGAGAAUGGAGCUGACGUAGCGCAUCUUGCAGCGGUGCACGGACCUAACAUGCUUUCUGGUAGCGACAUUCGUUACUCGAGAGCCGCCUGGGCCGGCUUUGGAAUGCACUCGUGGCUCGCCAGCUGGAAAUCACCAGAAGCCGGAGAACCAUCGCACGUUGCAAAGAUGGAUUUGACCCAUUCCUUCCGGAUUUUCAACAAGCUGGAGGUGGGUAAGAUAGACGUGCGAGCGUACCAAAUCGGCCCGGGGUACGUGCAGCUUAGGAUGAACACCGGAAUGGGUCCUUUCGUCGUCCUCCAGACCGUCACACCGAUCGAACCGCUCGUGCAAAAAGUAAUUCAUAGAUUCUACGCUCCACGCAAUGUAUGGAACGCGGUCUUUCAGAAGUUUGCCAUCUGGGCGGAAAGUGUUAUGUUUGAAAGAGACAUGAUGGUUUGGAAUCACAAACAAUUCAUCGAUAAUCCGCUAUUGAUCAAAGAGGAUCGUCUGAUCAAAAGUUAUCGGAAGUGGUACAACCAAUUUUAUUCCGAGAAUAGCGUUAGCUUCGCAAUGGCAAAAGAAAAGCUGGAUUGGUGA